CAUGACGCAGCACGCCCCCCGGAAGUGGGUGCGCAGCGAGCGGCGGGUGAAGCCGGUGUCGGAGCGGGAACAGCAGUGUCGCCGCCGCCCGCGGUGGGCGCCGCGCCCUGAGCGCCUGGUGUUUUCGUUUCUCACCUCUGUUGUGACCGUCCGUGCCGCUCGCUGGGUCACGAUGGAAGCGCCGCCCUUGGCCGGCGUUCCCACCGAGUGCACUCCGGCGGUGGCCGGGGCAGAGGUGCGCUGCCCGGGCCCCGCGCCGCUGCGUCUGCUGGAGUGGAAGGUGACGGCGGGCGCGACCGUGCGCAUUGGCUCGGUGCUGGCAGUGUAUGAAGCCGCAGUCUCCGCGCAGCCCGCAGGGCCAGCCCCGGCUCGCGCGGCCUCUGGGGGCUGCGUGCGCGCCUCGCGGACAGAGCGCAGGCUCAGGUCGGAGCGCGCCGGCGUGGUCCGUGAACUGUGUGCGCAGCCAGGCCAGGUGGUGGCCCCUGGGGCACUUCUGGUGCGGUUGGAAGGAUGUAGCCACCCUGUUGUCAUGAAGGGCCUGUGUGCUGAGUGUGGCCAGGACCUGACCCAGUUGCAGAGUAAAAACGGAAAGCAGCAGGUACCACUUUCUACAGCGACUGUUUCCAUGGUGCACAGUGUGCCGGAGUUGAUGGUGAGCUCUGAGCAAGCUGAAAAACUAGGAAGAGAAGAUCAGCAGCGACUACAUCGAAACAGAAAGCUGGUUCUCAUGGUAGACUUGGACCAGACCCUGAUUCAUACGACUGAGCAGCAUUGUCCCCAGAUGUCCAACAAAGGCAUCUUCCACUUCCAGCUGGGCCGAGGGGAGCCCAUGCUGCACACCCGCCUGAGGCCUCACUGCAAGGACUUCCUGGAGAAAAUCGCCAAGCUGUAUGAGCUGCAUGUUUUCACUUUCGGCAGCCGUCUGUAUGCCCACACCAUCGCAGGCUUUUUGGACCCUGAGAAGAAGCUUUUUUCUCAUCGAAUAUUGUCUAGAGAUGAAUGUAUUGACCCGUUUUCUAAAACAGGAAACCUUAGAAAUCUCUUUCCCUGUGGAGAUUCAAUGGUUUGCAUCAUUGAUGACCGAGAGGAUGUGUGGAAGUUCGCCCCUAACCUCAUAACUGUGAAGAAGUAUGUCUAUUUCCCAGGCACAGGUGAUGUGAACGCACCCCCUGGGGCCCGGGAAUCUCAGACAAGGAGAAAAGUAAAUCAUUCUUCCAAAGGAGCGGACAUCUUGGAACAAGCUCUGCCAGUCAAGGACCCUGAGGAAGGCAAACCUCCUGGGGUGGAACAGAGCAAUGGCCUUGGGAAGGCCUCCCGGGAGCUCAAUGGUGGUGAGGCUGUGCCAGGAGUUUUUUCCAGUAAAACAGAUGAGAAGGAAACCUGGUCCCUCACCCGGGCCUCUCCUGCCAGCAGCUCUGGUGGCCGAGAGCUGACAGAAGCCCCAGAGCUCCCUGUGUCUUGUGAGUGGGACAGUCGGACAGCACCAGGAGCGCAACCUACUCAGGGAGAUGCCACCCAGGAUUUGGACUUUGACCUGUCCAGCGACAGCGAGAGCAGCGAGAGCAGCAGGUCAGAAGGCCAGAAGUCCUUCUCCUCUGCUUCCGACGGGGAGAAUGAGGAGAGGAGACGCAGAAAGAAGUCUCCAGCCACCCAGGAUAGAACAAAAGUUCCACAGCACAGUGGGCCCCCUGACACGAGUGGGGGGAGAUCUGCAGCAAGCCCCCCGGGAGAGUCUGGGCCUCUCCACCCACACGACAAAGUGUCCGACCCAGAUACUCAGGAGGAGGGUGAGCGAGACAGCCUCUGUGGCCUGGGCAACGGCAGUGUGGACCGGAAGGAGGCUGAAACAGAGUCACAGAACAGUGAACAGUCAGGUGUCACUGCAGGCGAGUCCCUAGACCAGAGUGUUGGGGAGGAAGAGGAAGAGGACACAGAUGACGAUGACCACUUGAUACACCUCGAGGAGAUCCUAGUGCGAGUACACACUGACUAUUACACAAAGUAUGACAGAUACCUCAACAAGGAGCUUGAGGAAGCUCCAGAUAUACGGAAAAUUGUGCCAGAGCUCAAGAGCAAGGUGCUAGCAGAUGUGGCCGUCAUUUUCAGUGGGCUGCACCCAACAAACUUUCCUGUGGAGAAGACUCGUGAGCACUAUCAUGCCACAGCUCUGGGAGCCAAGGUCCUCACCCAGCUGGUGCUGAGCCCUGACGCUCCAGACAGGGCCACUCACCUCAUUGCAGCGCGGGCCGGCACAGAGAAGGUGCGCCAGGCACAGGAGUGCAAACACCUGCAUGUGGUCAGCCCUGAAUGGCUGUGGAGCUGCCUGGAGCGCUGGGACAAGGUAGAGGAGCAGCUCUUCCCGCUCGUGGAUGAGGAUACCCGGACACAUAGGGAUAACAGCCCUGCAGUCUUUCCAGACAGACACAGUAUGCUUCCCACAGCCUUGUUCCACCCAACACCCAUCCAUUCCAAGGCCCAUCCUGGUCCUGAGGUUCGGAUCUAUGACUCUAACACAGGCAAGCUCAUCCGGAUGGGCACCCAGGGUCCUGCACCAGCUCUUUCCAGUGCCCCACUUAUCCAUGGAGAGCCCUCCUCCUUCAGAGCUGUUCAGCCACAUCAGCAGCAAAUGUUUGGUGAAGAGCUGCCAGAAUCCCAAGAUGGAGAGCAGCCUGGCCCUGCUAGAAGAAAGCGACAGCCCAGUAUGUCAGAGACAAUGCCGCUGUACACUCUCUGUAAGGAGGACUUAGAGAGUAUGGACAAAGAGGUGAGAACGUGCUGCAGGCCCCAGUCUCCAGAGGCUGCUGUGCACAAGCACAUCCCAGACCCCGGAAGCUGGGCUUCCUUCCAUGCAGGGUAGGCGCAGGUAUGGUGAGCCAGCUCCCGGUUUCCUAUUCCGAAGGAUUUGUAACCAUGUGAAAUGACGUGCCCGUGUGUUUGGCAACAAGAGCACACAGCCGCCACUCCCAGGGUGCGUGGUCGUAUCUGCAGGUGUUCCAAGUUGGCGUAAAAAGAGGGCGCUUCUGGCAUUUUGAGGGACAGGAGCCACAUGAGUUUUUAGGGUACCCUGCUGAGGGAGCCGUCCAGACAGAAAGCUGAGAGGAGUCGAGAGAAGAAAGGCUUAAUUAGCUUGCAUUCAGUCACAGUUUUUUUUAAAUACAUGAAUUCAGAUAAAUUAAGACCAGUUUCUUCUGUCAUUUUUACACCACCAUGUUUAAGUUCAUAAUGUGAAGUUAGUUUUUUCAAAUGCUCAGUAUGGAGAAUUGAAUACCCUGACUACAGAUGUGUUUUAAUUACAGCCUAAUUGAUAUGGAAUGGGGCAGGUUAUCCCUUAGAGCUAAAAGCAAAGCUGUGCCACAGGUCAGUAUUGUCUGUAUUCUAGACUCAUGUUCUUAUACCAGCUUAGACCAGGCUAUUCUUGUGUCCCUUGGCCUUACACAUCUUCCUCUGGGCUUUUGCUCCAGGGGUUUUUGUGGUGUGGUCUGUGCAGUCAUUUGCUCUGCAGACUGCUUUGAGAGGAAACAGCAACAUGGCGGGCCCCAGGGUGGGGAGAGCCAAGUGCACUCUAGAGAUGGGCUUCAGGUCACGGGGACAGGAGCUGCCCUCUGCACGCCUCCUACAGCUGCGGGUGAGUGCAUCCACCUGACACUGCUCUGCUGUGAGGACAGAAAGGCUUCCUCGCUAUUGACCAUGCAGCAGAGUGCUCAAGGAAGAAGAAACCAUGGCUCUUAUCUAUGCUUUUAGCAAAAGCAAGAAAAUACAUUUAUUUUUAAGAUGAACUCUCAUCAGUAACUCAGAUUCUCUCUCAGAUGGUAGCUUCUUUUCUGAACUGUCUACCAUGUUCUGUGGGUUUUGACCUAACUGUUGUCAUUUCGUGAGUGUUUGCUCGGCCACUGCUUCCCUGUCCUCAGUCCCAGCUGUCUUGGAUCUGAGAGCAGUGCUGGCUCCUGUGAGCACACUUGGCUCUCCCCACCCUGGGGCCUGCCAUGUUGCUGCUUCCCUUCUGGCUUCACAGGAAUUCCCUUGCAGUCCAUUUGACACUACUUGGCCUUAUUGUUGGCUUUUAUUCCCUUCAUAUCCUAAGACCUCAAAUUGUGCUGUGAAACAGCAAAUUUUACUUACUCUGAAAUCUUAUGCUUUUAGCCGUAGAAGCCAGCCUUUACCCCUGCCUAACCUCAGGCCUACAGAAGCUCCUCCUCCUGGGGAGGAGCUGCAGCUCUGGCUUGCUGAUCUUGCUAAGCCGCGGGGAGAAGAUUGGCAGCUUCACAUUCCUACAUGGGCUUUGAUCCUUCCUGUGUCCUAAGACCAUAAACUAAAGCAUCCUUGGCCUUCAACAGAGCCAGAGCCAGGCUUUCCGUGUGGGCAUAAGGGAGAUGCCUUCUGAGUUCAUGGGCCCCGGGUCACCUUGGACUAUUUGUCCAGUUUUCUUGGGGACAAAGUGGGCUGCAGGUAGUCUCAGAAAGCAUUAGCCUCUGUCCACUUAGGAUCCUCAUGACACGUCCACAUCCGUUAGGUAGUGAUAAGCCACGUGGGUGCGCUAACUGUCUUCUGUAUCGGUGUCUGUCCCGCUUCCAGCAGACAGUGGUCAUUACUCAGGGGCCUGUCACAUCUACAGAGACCCUGAUCUCCAAUAAAACCAUAGACACGAGGACCGGUGCAGGACCUUGGGAUGGGGAGAGGCAUCAACCUGCGUGAUCGGUCUCCCGGGAGCUUGACGAGAAGCACACAGUCCCCUCCAUCCAUGUUGCUGCCCAGGUGCUUCCUUGGGUGAGCUGGAGUGGGGUUUUCCUGAGAUAUUUUAACCUGGUUUAUAGACUAGGUGUGCAAACCACACAGUUACUUGUAAUGAAUCAUGAAGAAAUUUAUUUUAAAAGAAUUCUUUGGUAUACCAAUAACCUUGUCGCUUAUUAACAGUCAAAGCAAACUUGUAUUCUAAUAAUAUGCUUAUUCAGUAAGUGUUUAUAAAUACAUGUUGUCAUGCAUGUGAAUGCCAGAGGACAGCCUUGGACAUUGUUCCUACAGUGCUGUCCACCUUGGUUUUUGAGAAAGGGAGGGUCUCACCAGUUUAGAACUCACCAGCUAGGCUAGGCUGACUGGCCAGGCCAGUAAGCCCAGUGGUUCACCUGUCUGCCUACAGAGCUAGGCUUAUAAUGUGUACCACUGUGCCUGGCUCUUUGAGUAAGUUCUAGGGAUUUAAUUCAGAACUUCUUCUUUUUUAAGGAAAAGAUGAUUUUCCUUCUAAAACAUUAAAUCUCGAUUAAAUAUUUGAUACUGCAGAACAUGGAACUUCUCAGCGUUUUUCAUUUUAGUUGAUAUUUUGCUUUUGUAAUCAUCAAUUCUGAUGGUACCAUUUUAUAAAAAAUAAAAAUCAUAGAAGAUAGCAGUAAUAUGCUCAGAGCCAUUUCAAAAAUUGUUGGGAAAUUAUGUGUUAAUCCCAACCAAUGUUCAUUUGAUGAUUUUUUUUAAAUGUAAUUCAAAUCAGCAACUCAAAACAGCAAUUUAAAAAUCAGCAUUUUAAUACAAUACACAUGAAAGCAAUACACUAAUUUCAUAUUUGUUUCCUAAUGAUAGGAAAAUAUUCAUUGUUUUCUAUACUGUUGUGUUUCUUUAAGAGCAGACAGUCUUGUAUGAACAGCACUGCAGUUCAUGACAGACAUCAGCCUCCACUCUGAGCCAAGGCAUUUCAGACAGCAUCCACUGGCACUGUGUGUAAUGGCAGGGUACAAAAUGUACACGUCUGUCCAUAACUCUGUUAGUUAGUUUUAACUGUCAACUUGACAUAACCCAGAAAGUGAAUCUUAGCAAGGAAUGACCUUGAUCAGGUUGCCUGUGGGUAUGUCUAUGGGGUAUUUUCUAGAUUGCUAAUUGAGUCAAGAAGGCCCACCCUGAAUGUGGGCAGCACCAAUUCACAGACAGAGCCCUAAACUGUCUAAGAGUGAAGAAAGUCUGCCCAGCAUGGUGGCAAGCAGGCGAGCCCUGGUGAAAUCACUUGUCUCCACCUUCGCUGGGUGUGCUGUGAUUAGCUGUUUUGUCCUGGCACCGUGGUUUUUCCUCAGUGAUGGACUGGCCUAGAAUCAGAACCAAGUAAGCCCUCUCUUCCCCUCAGGCCUGCUUUGGUUGAGGUGUUUAUCGUAGCAACAGGAUUGUUACUAGAGAACCUGACCACGUGCCUUCUGGUGCUGUGGACUGUUUUAUUGGCAGAUUGUGGGAGAUUUUGGAACUUUGGGCCAAAAAAGCUUAUGAGUGCUAAUUGUUUAGUGGCCUUUUGGUAGGAGCUUGGAAGAUAAGUAUGGUAAGAAUAAUGCAAACAAUGGAGAAAUGUUUCAGAGAGGUACCAGGAUUUUUGCCCUUAACUGGAUUGGGGUUAUUUGUGGAUGUUUUUGCUGCAAAUUUGUGUGCCUGGGGCUGAGAAGCGUCUGAUUGUCAGAGCUGAGCACCACUGAGGUGAAAUGUUCUAGGCUUCACUGGGACAAGAGGAACAUGUUUCCUCUGGGUCAGCAGACAGGUGGCUGCCAAGGGGGUCAGGCUACAUCUUGUGCUUCCAGCAGAACCUAGCAAUGUAUGAGUAUUGUCCACAUCAUACUGGUUUUGAAGGCAUGAAAGACACAAGAGUAAGGGAGCCAUGGUGAAUGGCUGAGGCAUGGUGCU